GAGGAACUGUGGAGUCCUCGGUGCUCUCUGAACUCGGUUGUUUUCUUCUUGACCCAACUAGAGAACAUCAUCAGAGCUACAAAGGAAUGGGGGCUGCUCUCAGAAUGGGCUGCACAGAAUCCAAAUUCAACGUUCUCCCAGGAAAGGGGAAACAGCAAGAGAACUCGAACUCGACUCUGGAUGUUCGUUAUACCACCGAACCUACCAUCAAGCCAUCUCUGGGCAUCAAAGGAUCCAAGCCCCAGCAAACGGAUGAAACCGAGGAUUUUAUCGCGUUGGCCUUGUACGACUACGAAGCCAUUCACAGGGAGGACCUCAGUUUCCAGAAAGGCGAUCAUCUCAAGAUCUUAGAGAAGUAAGUUUGAGGGUCCUCUAGGGGAGGGAAGGACUUUUUGAGAAAUGAUGCUCCGUAGGUGGCUUCUGGGGGAAUCCCCAGUUCAGGGAAUCCGAUAAGAGAGAAUAUUUGCAUUUCAGGGUUGAAA